AUGUCGCUGUCUGUAGCUGGCAAAUAUGCCAUCAUCACGGGCGCGGGAUCAGGCAUCAACCUCGCCUUCGCCAAAAUUCUGCUCGAGCGCGGCUGCUCCGUCAUGAUAGGCGACCUCACUCUUCGCCCCGACGCCUCCUCCCUCCUGAGCCAAUACCCUCACCCGCAGCAGUCCAACCGGCCCUCGGCCCUGUUCCAAUCCACCAGCGUCGCCUCCUGGCCGCAGCUCACGCGCCUCUGGGCCAAAGCCCUAGCCACGUUCCCCCAGAUCGACAUCGUCGUCCCAGGCGCCGGGAUCUUCGAGCCCGCGUGGAGCUCGUUCUGGGAACCCCCGAGGACGGAGACAAAUGCGCAGACGGAGUCUCGCGACAAGGCAGACGCGGAGCCCGGUACGUAUGCCGUGCUGGAUGUGAACCUGACGCACCCGAUUCGGUUGAGUCAGCUUGCUAUCGGGUACUGGACGCAGGAGAAGCGGAAGGGCUGUCUGGUGCACGUGGGCAGCAUCGCAGGCUACGCUUCCGGGAUCGGGACGCCAUUAUAUUUUGCGAGCAAGCAUGGACUGCAUGGGUUCGUGAGGUCUUUAGGGGGCAUGCGAGACCGAUUGGGGAUCCGAUGCAGCGUCGUUGCGCCGGGGGCGGUCAUGACGCCGCUGUGGUUAGAGGACCCGGGGAAGAAGCACCUUGCAGAAGGCGAGGGCGGAGAGCUGUUUAUCGAGCCCGAGGAGAUUGCGAGAGGUAUGCUGGAGCUCUGCGAGAACCCAGAGUACGGUGAUGGGACGAUCUUGGAGGUUACAAAGGGCGCGACAAGGGUUGUGCCCAUGUAUCAUGCUGAGCCCCCGAGUGGCAAGGGGGCGGUGAUACCUCAGAUUGUUGACGAAGCUGAAAAGGUUUGGAAGGAGCUUGAGCGUAAGGGAUUAAAGGUGUAG